ACGGAUAAGCGUAAAGUGGAACAUCGUAGUGUACAGCUAUCUGCUAUCGUUUCGUGCAGAAAGGUCGAGAGUUCAUGAUCAUACAUUGCUUUAAAACGAUGAUUUUACGAAGUGUUUGACGACGAUCUCUUUUUCUUUAUUAUCACUGCCGACUAAUCAGAAACUACAGACAUUGAAGUUUUUCUUUAUAUCUUUUUGUGUGAAUAUUUGGUUAACAAACGCAUAACCUGUUAAAAUUUAGAAGAUUAUUAUAGAUUUAGGGAUUUGAAAUUAGGUGUGUGAAAAUUAUACUAUAAUAAUAUAAUCCGAAGAUGCCACUCUUCGGUAAAAAAGAUUCAAACAAGAAGAUUAAAAAAGAUGGAAAAGAUGAUAAAUCGCCGUCUGUUGAGGACAAAUACAUCCUAAAGGAAUUACUUGGAACAGGUGCUUUUUCUGAAGUACGUUUGGCAGAAAGUAGGGAAAAACCUGGACAAAUGUUUGCUGUAAAGAUCAUUGAUAAAAAAGCAUUAAAAGGAAAAGAAGAUUCUUUAGAAAAUGAAAUUAGAGUUUUACGAAGGUUAACACAUCCUAAUAUUGUUCAGUUAUUGGAAACAUUUGAAGAUAAACAUAAAGUUUAUUUAGUUAUGGAAUUAGUUACUGGUGGAGAAUUAUUUGAUAGAAUUGUUGAAAAAGGUUCCUAUACAGAGAAAGAUGCCUCAGGUUUAAUAAGACAAGUUUUAGAAGCUGUGGAUUAUAUGCAUGAUCAAGGUGUAGUACAUAGAGAUCUUAAACCCGAGAAUCUUUUAUAUUAUAAUCCAGAUGAAGAUAGUAAGAUUAUGAUUAGUGAUUUUGGUCUAUCAAAAAUGGAAGAUUCUGGUAUUAUGGCAACUGCUUGUGGUACACCAGGAUAUGUUGCUCCAGAAGUUUUAGCACAAAAACCAUAUGGAAAAGCUGUGGAUGUAUGGAGUAUAGGAGUCAUUUCUUAUAUUUUAUUAUGUGGCUAUCCGCCAUUUUAUGAUGAAAAUGAUGCGAACCUGUUUGCACAAAUUUUAAAAGGUGAAUUUGAAUUUGAUUCACCGUACUGGGACGAUAUCAGUGACUCCGCAAAGGAUUUUAUUCACAAAUUGAUGUGCGUCAAUGUUGAAGAACGUUAUUCUUGCAAACAAGCCCUUGCACAUCCUUGGAUAUCCGGCAAUGCAGCUAGCAAUAAAAAUAUCCAUGGCUCCGUAGGAAAGUCUUCCUCUUCUCUCAUGGUUGCAGCAAGCCUAUCACGCAGCCACGGUUAUACGUCAAAUGCAACGAUUGGCGCUCAACAGCGGUCAACAGCAACAGGGCCCAGGAUCAACAGGCCCCUCCAGCGGCAAUCUCAUGCCAUACCCCGACCAAUCGCAAUCCAACCCCAGUCAUCAAUCCAGAUCAGUGGAGUCUCCAACCAAUCACAAUUGAAGGAAAUACGCGAGUCACCAUUGUCAAUGUCAAACUUGGUGGCCUCGAAUCCUAUUCCCAUUCCAAUCACUCCAAGUUCACCAUUAUACUUACGCAACAAACGCUUCAAGCUGUGGGGUAGCACACGCACUGCUCUGUCUACUCUAUUUCAAACGAAUAUAUCGUAUCUUAGAAAACAAAGAAAGUAUAAGAAAAGUUGAGUCAUACUAAGUUUCUUCUAAUGAGAAACUGUUGGACGACUGGUUAUUUUCUUGCCGAAUAUUCUAAUUCUGGUAAGAAUUUGUAUAGAUUCCAGCUAACUUGCUUUAUUGUGGUCUCCUGUGAUAUGGUUGCCACCGAUUAUAUAUAUAUAUAUAUAUAUAUUACAAAAGUACACAAAUGCUCAUAUACAUAAUUCCUUUCUCUCUCUCUCUCUCUCUCUCUCUCUCUCUCUCUCUCUCUCUCUCUCCCCCCUCUCCUCCUCUCUCCUCCCCUCCCCUCCCCUCCAUCAUACAGCCCGCGCGAUAUAAGGCGAUUUUUUAAAUUUUCUCGUUUUAUCGCGCUUAGUUUUACAAGCUUUAUUUCAAAAUUCUAAAUAGAUCUAUCUAUGUUGAUGUAUUUACAGUAAAAUUAAAUCCUAUAGUUAAUAGAGAUUUUAAACAAUAAUAAAAUAUAAACAUUGAUCAAGCAAAAAUAUAGUUAAUAUCUUUAGAUAAAUUUAAUGCUAAUUGUGAAAUUUUGUGACAUAAGGAAAAUUUUGCUCGAUCAAGUCUAUUAAAUAUAUAUAUAAUAGAAAAAAAAAGAAGAAACAAUGUGAACAGUACAACGACAUGUUUUUAUCUUUUAUAAAAUUUGGUGUAAUGAAUAGUAGUUGUUUAGAUAAUUCUUUGCGAUAUAAACAUUUUACUAUAUUCUAGUUAAAUAUGUUUUAAAUUUCACGAACCAAUAUGCAGUUUUUUGCCCGGUACUUUUCGAUAAAUGGCACGAUCGAAUAUAAUAUAUAUAUUAUUUAAAGUAGUUUUUCAAGAAAUAUAAUGCAAAAGACAAACUAAAUAAGCUUUUUAUAAAAUAGAUUACAAGAAGAAAACAAUUCUUGCCAUAUGAAAUCGCGUUGUGUAAGAUCUGUGUAAGAUCUGUGUAAGAUUUGAUUUUGUCGAUAUUUGUUUUUAUGUUUUUUUUAUAAUUAAAAUAUAUUUUAUUUUACGAUAAACAAAAUUAUUUAUAUACAGUUAUGUACAGUAUACUAUAUUGCAAAAUAUUAUAUAUAUACAUUAUAUACAGGUAUUCUGUUACGUAUGUUUUAUUAUAUAGUGAUAUUAGUAAAAAUUUAAAAAUUCCAGAACAGAAAUAUAUUAAUUAGAUUUAAUAUAUGUAUACAUACAUUUAAUAUAUGUAUAUUAUUCUGCUCAUAUUUUUAUCAAUAUAUUGCAGUGAAAUUUAAUGAGAAAUGUAUAUAAUUCAUACACAAUUCUUCAAUCAUCUCUUUGCAAGAUGCAAAUAUAAAGAGCAAAUAUUAUGUAUAAA